AUGAUGAUAUCCAAGUGUAGCGUAUGUUUUAACAAAUGGCGCUUCAACAGCGGUUGUGACGUCUCUUGUUCGAACAUGAAAAGUGUUCUUAAAGAACUCUUAAGUUGUUUCAGUUCUUACAUCAUUUAUGAAGCUUUGAAACUCACAAGAAUUGAAAAAGCUUUGUGUUGUGUUGUUCAAGAAAAGAAAGUUUUGCAAGAAAGAAAUCAGUUUUAA